AUGAUUUUAUUCUCUUCCCAGCCACACUCCACCAUCCGUACAUACACUAUCACCGUCUAUGAGCCGGAUAGAAAUGUGCUGCGAAGGAAAGAAUGGGAAAGGAGAAAUCAGGAGGCCCAGCAGGAAGAUGGCACGUUUAACACGAGUUACUCCCUCUUCAGUGAACCGUACAAGACUAACAAGGGGGAUGAGCUCUCAAAUCGCAUCCAGAACACACUGGGCAACUAUGAUGAAAUGAAAGACUUGUUAACUGACCGAUCAAACCAGAGCCACCUUGUUGGAGUUCCAAAACCUGGCAUUCCCCAGGCUUCUCUUCCUAAGCCUGAUGAGCCUCUUGUGGCAGACUCGAGACCUCCCCCACCUCCAUCUGUUUGCAGUGCUUCUUCUUCCACACCAGCAUCUCUACCUGCGCAGCAGAGCAAAAGUGCCACAAUGGGCUGGCAGAAGGCCGGGCACAAUGCUGCAUCAGACGGCCAGCAGAGAGCAAGCAAGCAUGGGCACAGGUCACUGGAGUCGCACAAGAGCGACUUCAAACUGGCUAACCAGAAAUCCAAUCUGGAAAAACUAAAACGCUAUGCAUCCAGUCCCACCUCCUCCUCCUCUAGCACUGCCCAGCAAAGCUCACUGAGGUCCACACUAGGAGAGAACGUCACCAGAGUGCAGCAGCAGUCGAAACUAAGCUGUGGUUCGGAAGGAGGAGCUCAAGUGCAAGACAGGCCUGCAAAACACAGUGGCAGGCACUGUGUCCAAAAUUUCCCACCUUCGCUUGCUUCAAAGCCCAGUCUGGUUCAGCAGAAACCAACAGCUUAUGUGAGACCAAUGGAUGGUCAAGACCAGGCCCCUGAUGAGUCUCCAAAGCUGAAGUUAUCAGCAGAGACAACCAAGUCAUACAGGGGAGUGCCUUCUAGCAAGCCUGAUUCAACCAGGACCAAGUCAAAGACAGCAAAGUUUAGCAUGCCUAAACAAGAUGAGGAUAGUGGAACAGGAGAUAACAGCUGCAUUGAAGAAAUAUUGCGGGAGAUGACCCAUUCUUGGCCUCCGCCAUUGUCAGCUAUUCACACACCAGGCAAGGUAGAGCAAAGCAAGUUUCCCUUCCCAAACAAGGAGUCACAACAGGGAUCUACAGGACACAGCAAUACAAGAAAAAGUGAUGUAGAGCCAAAGAGUCCAGAGAAAAGCGCAACCCAUACAUCAAUGCUAGAGGAUGACCUCAAGUUAAGUAGUGAUGAAGAAGAGAAUGACCAGCAGGCAGCACAGAGAUCUGCUCUCCGCGUUCUAUCUGACAGCAGCCUGGUUGUGCCGCAGGCCAAUUCCCGAGCCACAGGACUCUCCAGCAAGGGGUCGAGCAGCAGCAGUUCCAGUGAAUCCGAGACCAGCUCCGAGUCUGAUUCGGAGAGCGAAAGCAGCUCCAGUGAGAGUGACGGCAGCAAGCCCUCGAAUUAUUCCAGCCCAGAGCCCACGCCACCCUCGUCCAACAAGUGGCAGCUGGACAAGUGGCUGAACAAAGUCGCCCCGCACAAGGCGCCCAUCCUGACCCACCAUGACGGCCCAGCCCUGGAGAGCCAUCCCUACUACGGCCGCGUGAAGCCGGAGCGGCAGGACUGCGAGAAGACCCCGGCCGUCGGCGCAGCCGAGCCCUGCGGCGGCGACAGCCGGGUCCCCGCCGCCACUGCCGCCGCCGGCAACGGGGACGGCCCGCGGCCGCGGACCGCCAGCAAAGCGCCGGGCAGCAAGGGCGGCAGGCAGAAGUCGCCCCCGGCCGCCGACGGCGGGCUCCCGAGGCGGGCGGCCAGCAAGAAAGCGCCGCGCCGGGCCGAGAGGACCUCCGCCGGGGACGGCGCGCCGUGCCGCGCGGCCGAGGCGCCCGCCGGGAGCCACGGCUUUCCCGAGCACGCCGCCGGCGACCCGCCGCGGGCCCGGCCCGGCGCCGGCAGAGCGGGGCACCGCCGCGAGCCCCGCUCGUCCACGGCCGGCGAGAAGAGGCGGACCCGGGGGCCGAGCAAAACGGCGCCCAAGUCCAAGGAGUUCAUCGAGACCGAGUCUUCAUCUUCGUCGUCUUCCUCUGACUCGGGCUCCGAGUCGGAGCGGGAGGAGCGCCCGCUGCCCAAAGCGCCGGCCGCGGCGGCCGGGGCCGAGCCGCGGGCCAAGGACUCAGGGGGCAGCGCCGCCCCCAAGCCCCACGGCGGCUGCAGUGCCUUUGGCUCCAUUAAUGCCAGGACUAGUAGUGAAAUAGCAAAGGAGCUGGAGGAACAGUUUUACACCCUGGUUCCUUUCGGUAGGAAUGAGCUCCUGUCUCCUCUGAAAGACAGUGAUGAGGUAAAGUCGCUGUGGGUCAAAAUUGAUUUGACUCUUUUGUCCAGGAUUCCAGAGCGCUUGCCCGAAGAGCCGCUGGCAAUGAGCGCCGGAGCAAACGAGGCGGCCAGCCUUCAGCAGACUAGUAGCGCUGACCCCCCCGCAGAGAAGGGUUUACCGAAAUCUAGAAGGAAACGCAAGUGUGAGAAUGAGGAAGAGUACAGAGACAUCAAGAAGACUCAUUUAGAACGAGAGAGUUCUUCACGAUUAGCUGCUUCUGCUCAUAGCACCACAACAGCAAAUCACUGCAAUAUGAAUGAAAAUAGCUUGGCAAUACCAAUAAAUAAAAAUGAGAAAAUGCUUCGGUCACCCGUCUCUCCACUCUCUGAUGCAUCAAAACACAAAUACUCGAACGAUGAUUUAACUUCCUCCAGCAGACCUAACGGCAGCAGUCUAUUACCUUCCAUCUCCUCCAGUAAAAAGCAUAAGGGUGAAAUCCAGUCACAGCCACAUGCCGGAGACUUCAAUAAAGCAAUUCACAUCAAUUCAGAAAAUGUUCUUCUCUGCAAUAAGCCACAGUCCCAGACAGAGCCUUGGUCACCUUUGUCCAGCAUGCCCAGGGACUGCAGAAGGACAAAGCUUAUCUUUGAUGAUAUGCCACGCAAUGCAGAUUACUUUAUGCAGGAAGCUAAACGGAAGAAGCAUAAAGCAGAUGCAAUGGUGGAAAAGUUUGGAAAGGCACUGAAUUAUGCAGAAGCAGCACUGUCAUUUAUUGAGUGUGGAAAUGCAAUGGAACAAGGCCCAAUGGAAUCUAAAUCCCCUUAUACAAUGUACUCAGAAACAGUUGAACUCAUCAGGUAUGCAGUGAGACUAAAAACCCACUCAGGCCCCAACGCCACAGCAGAAGACAAACAGCUGGCAGCAUUAUGUUACCGCUGCCUGGCUCUUCUGUACUGGAGGAUGUUCCGACUCAAGAGGGACCAUGCUGUCAAGUAUUCAAAAGCGCUUAUUGAGUAUUUCAAGAAUUCAUCAAAAGCUGCCCAGACCCCAUCCCCGUGGGGUGCCAGUGGAAAGAGCACAGGAACUCCGUCACCCAUGUCCCCUAGCCCUUCUCCAGUCAGCUCUGUAGGAUCCCAGGGGAGCACAGGGGCUCCUUCACCAUCUCCUAUAAUCAGCAUCCCGCAGCGCAUUCAUCAGAUGGCUGCCAACCACGUCAGCAUCACCAACAGCAUCCUGCACAGUUAUGACUACUGGGAGAUGGCUGACAACCUGGCCAAGGAAAACAGAGAUUUUUUUAACGACUUGGAUGCAUUGAUGGGACCUGUCACCUUGCACAGCAGUAUGGAGCAUUUAGUUCAGUAUACUCAACAAGGACUUCACUGGGUGCGGAAUAGCGCUCACUUGUCAUAA